AAUAAAUUAAAAAAAUAGAAAAGGUAUCUGCACAGUAUAGAUUCACCGUCUGCGGGGUACGGGUACCUUCCAUUUUCAUCUUCAUCGUGAACGCUUUAAGCUACCAACCACCGUCUGUAAAAGAGAUUUCUCAUUCCUAGAUUUGGCCGAAGACCUCUUCGCCAGGUAAUUGGGGAUAUGGCUAUCGUUUCAGUUCAUCAGUUCGCCCAAUGUGUUACUUGCCAUGCUUGGAGUCCUGAACACUCUAUGAUUGCAUUUUGUCCGAAUAACAAUGAGGUGCACAUCUAUAAAUUGUUGGAAGGGAAGUGGGAGAAGAUGCAUGUUCUUCACAAGCAUGAUCAGAUUGUUUCUGGAAUAGAUUGGGGAAGAAGUUCAAACAGAAUAGUUACGGUUUCUCAUGAUCGAAAUUCAUACGUUUGGUCCCAAGAAGGAAUAGAAUGGGUACCGACCCUUGUUAUACUUAGAUUAAAUCGUGCAGCACUUUGUGUACAAUGGAGUACAAAAGAAAACAAGUUUGCUGUUGGAAGUGGGGCUAAAACUGUUUGUGUUUGCUACUAUGAGCAAGAGAAUAAUUGGUGGGUCAGUAAGGUUAUAAGGAAACGGCAUGAUUCUUCUGUGACAAGUGUUGCCUGGCAUCCGGAUAAUAUAUUACUUGCAACUACAUCAACUGAUGGAAAAUGCCGUGUAUUCUCUACGUUCAUUAAAGGUGUAGACAACAAGACCUCUUCAGGCUCUUAUUCUGAUUCAAAGUUUGGAGAGCAAAUCAUGCAGCUUGAUCUCUCAUUCAGUUGGUCAUUUGCUAUGAAGUGGUCCCCAAGUGGCAGUACCUUAGCUUAUGUAGGUCACAAUUCAAUGAUAUACUUCGCUGAUGAAAUCGGUCCUUCUCCAUCUGCACAGAGUGUAUCUUUCCGUGAUUUGCCUCUUCGUGAUAUUUUGUUUGUUUCGGAGAGACUGGUCAUUGGUGCUGGCUUUGAUUGCAAUCCAAUGGUGUUCGUGGCAGAUGACAUAGGAUUAUGGAGCUUCUUGAGAUUUCUCGAAGAUAAGAAGGCUACUCCAAGCACAAAAGUUAAUUCCCAGCUUUCAGGAACUUUUGGGAAAUUUUACAGCCAGUCUAAAAGCAAUGAUGCUAAUGAAGCUUCAAGAACCCGGCCUGCUCAUGAAAAUUGUAUUACUAGCAUUGUGCCUCUCAAAAAAGCUGGGGAUACCACAAUUUCCAAGUUCAGUACUUCAGGAUUGGACGGCAAGGUAAUUGUAUGGGAUCUACGACAGCACCCUGAUCUGUUGCAGUACUUGUAAGAAGUAUGUUCGUCACAUGCAUUGAUGAGGUUCUAUGAAGUUACUGAUGUUCAACUAUUAUGUUAUGUUGUUGCUGUACUUGCUUACUGAUUGAUUUGCAGUACGAUUUCCAUGUUUGUAGAUCUUGUCUAUGUUUGCUUGGUGUGUAUCAAAUAUAUCUUCAAUGGUUGCAAAUAAGCACAAAUAUGUAGCAGACAAAUUAUUUCAUUUUACAUUUUAACUCUGGUGCUUUCUGAUGUCGAUGAGAUUUUAGCCAUCGUACUAUUCGCGAUA